AUGGGCAGUUUUAUGAUUGAUUGUGGAUGCUUCUUCUGUGACUCUUGCUACUAGAUAUACUGUAUAAAAUUUCAAGGAAUAAAUUAUUCUUUAGAUCCCAAUGAGUUGUUUGAAGAGCAAAACUGUACUGAAUAAAAUCCAAACAAACUUAACAGAGCCCUCUCAUUUGCUAGGCAAAAGAGAAAAUAUCAAAUUUUAUAAAGAGAAAAUCAAGAACUCAAAGCCAAAUGCCAAGAUCUUAAGAACUAAAAUUCAAGAUUGAUGCAAUAAAAUGGAAAUAUGAGGGGUCGCAAUGAAAAUUAUCAAAACUAAAAUAUGAAUCUUAACAAUAAUAAUUUAAGGCCUUAAAUAGAUGAUAGGUCUGUAAGCUCCAUUCCUAUUAUUCUUCCUCAAACCAAUCUUAACUAAAAAGGUGAUCCAUUGAGAAAUCUUACCAAUUAGUAUGGGAUAAAAAAUAGAGGAGAGGGUUAGCACGAAAUUGAAAGUAAUAAAUUGAGCUCAUCAUCUAAAAAUGCCCAUUAUAUGGGUGGAGUUAUGGGCAGACCUACUAAUCUUAGAGAUUCAAGACAAAUUCCAAAUCUAAUGUCACAAGAUAAUAUGAUGAAUAGAUCAGUUGCGAAUAAGUCAAGAGCACCUAGAAACGGAUAACAAAACUAUAAUGACAAAUCAAGAGUUAACAGUGCUCCCUCAUUGAUGAAUGGAAUGCAGAUGAGAACGACUACUAAUAAUGAUUCAUUUGAGUAUUACAGGAAUGACUUAGGCAGAGUGAAUUAGAAAAGAACUUAUAAUCAGCUGGUUAAUCCAGGUGGGAUCAGAAACGUCCCUAAUACCCUAGGAAUUAACCUUAUGGCAAGAAAACUUUGA